AUCGACGACAUCUCAUACCAAAUUCUGCAACAAAUAAGAGAUAUCAUGUCCACCUUGACUCUGUUGCCUUGUCUCCAUCCAAAAAAGCCUCGAAAUACCCUACGACCACGAUCGCCAACGCGUUAUCGACGACCUCUGACGACUUCCUCUGAACGAUCCUCGACCGUCGACUAAGCCCAUCACAGCAACCCACAUCACAUACGAUUCACCUUCACCAACAAGCACAAGUAGACAGGAAACAAACUCGAAGCCGCCCCGUCUAAAUCUCCCACCAAACCACAACACCCACUAUGCCUUCUGAUACUGAAUCCAUUGAACACCUGGCCGACUACAGCCAUAGGUGGUACGAAGAUCCUCCUACGUCCUCCUCGAGCAAGAAGACGCCUUACGAGCAGGUCGCCAUGUGUAUGUGGGGAGAGACGAACACUUUUUCACGGAAAGGCAAGAACGACCUCAGAGAUCUGCCGGAAGACCACGAUGCCAAUAAUAGUCACAAUCAUACUCCUUCUACCUCUCGACCCGGGACCUCGGUAGCCGGACAAGUACAAGUGACAGGCUCGACGAGUACGAAUACCAAUACCAAUACAAGCACGAACACGAACAGAAAUACCCAAACGAUCUCCAAGUCGAACACAACCGCAAACUCGGCUCAUCCUAAAAAGAAAACCCCACCACCACCUCUAACAACAUCAUCGACCAAAUCACGGACACAGACACAAACACAAACGCCCGCCCCGGGAGAGAAAGCGGUCCACCACUGCGUAGAAUUCUUCCCCUUCGGCGAACCGGACGUCGAAUCGCUCCGCCGGACGCUGGAAGAAGAGAUCAGGCAGACUUUCCACCGGACUACCCGGGAUGCCGAAACAGGUGCAGAUGUAGAUGUGAAUGCGAGGUCGGCCUAUCUGGAGGAACAGCGGCAAGAUGUGGAAUGGAUAGAAGAGCGGAUAGCCGAGUUUCGGAAGAUGGUGGAUGAGUGGGCUGGCACAUUUGCUGUAUGCGGGGGACAAAAGCUGAUUCUCGCUCGGCCGUCGGAAGACACAAAACUCGAUUUUUUAUGGGAACUCAAUAUAGAAGACGACGACCUUUUCCACCUUUCCUGGUCUUACGAUGAGUACGAGUACCAACCUUUAAUCGCCCUCGCUGGAGCCAUGGGUGUGGUCUAUAUCAUCGAACCCGGACUGCAAAGGAUUCGGAGAGUUUUGAAGGGUCAUGGCGAUAGCAUUCUCUCGGUCAAGUUCUCCCCUCGCGCACCUCAUAUCCUUGCGACGGCAUCCGGUGACCGCACAGUCCGGGUUUGGAGUGUCUUUGGUGGUGAUCUCGCAGAAGACCCCGACGUCAACGCUCGAUCACGCAACUACCCGAUGGGCCAGGCGGACGAGGGGGACGCAUGCCUAUUCAUUCUAGCGGGAGAAGGUCCAGCGGGUCAUCGGUGGGAUGUCGUCUCGCUCGCCUUUCAUCCAACAAAGAGGGCGAUCGUCACGGCCGGUCAAGACUAUACCGUGAGGAUCUGGGCAUUACCGGAGUACCCAAAAGUCACGGAUCCGUUCGAAAUCAAGAGGACGCCACCGGGAUAUCAUCCCGAAAUCAUUCAGUUUCCGGUCUUUUCCACCUCGAGGUUGCACGACGAUCCUAUCGAUUGCAUCGAAUGGCUUGCGGACGAUAUCCUCGUAUCCCAAACGAGGAUUACGCUCAUUGUCUGGCAGUGGCUAGGUUUCGCCCGCUAUCUUAACGGAGACAGCAUAGACAAGCCUUUACCACAACGGACGGACUAUACCAACUCUCAUUCGUUUCGGAUCGUGGCCAAAUACGAUCUCGAUGGGGAUACGUGGUACCACAAAUUCAGCGUCCAUCAGGCGUGGGGCGAGCACGAUGAGGAUGCCGUACAUUACGGUCACACUACCGGAUUGUUGCUCGCCUGCAUCGACGGGGACGCAAAACCAGCUCGGAUCUUGCUGUUCAACCCGGCUCAUAUACGAUAUCCGGACCCCGAUACCCUCCGGCCACCCCGGUUCGAUGGCACGAAUACUGAAUGGGAGCCGAUCGACAUCGAGGGGUACGAUCGCGAUCAGGCGACCGUAGCAGCGGGACAGGAACGAGCAUCGACAUCGACCGAAGCUGUCAAGGAAGAGGAAGAGCUCGAAUCGACCGCCAACGCACCUGGCUCGAAACGGUCGUCGGCGCCGCAGAUCCCACGGCUGCUACCUUGGAUUGUCAGGACGCGAGGGUUGAAAUCCGCACAGCAGAGGCGGAGCGGGAACAAGUCGGAUAAGCCGCUGUCUUUGGUAUCCGUAGCUAUCAGUCCGAAGGGUGCAAAGUAUAUAGUUGCCACGGGGCAGUUUGGCGCAAUCGUCUUGUUCCAGCUGAAGCAGAAUUGAUCUUGAUCGAUGUCAUGAACUGAAGCAGAAU